CAGAUGUUUUGUCUUAUUGUAGUAGUACUUAUUGUCAUGUUGAUUUAAGGUCUUGAUUGGUAUCACGUGACCUUGCUGCAGUAUAAUAGACGUAUAACAAAGGUCAGUUCGUUCCCUUGUCAAACCGGUAUUAUCUCACCGGUAGAGCACAGAGUCAGUUAAACUGCUGAAGAGACAACACCUCUGCUGUUGUGUGAAACAACUGGAUGUGAGUAGAUGUUUUAGUUUGGAGUUAUUAACAACCUACACUGCUUAGUGAAAUAUAAACAAAAUCAUAAUAGACAUUUACUGCUCAUCAGUGUGAUUACUUCUUUCAAAGCAAGAGUACAUUUUCUGUCAUGUCUGAAGACGCCAAGAUUGUGGUGGUUGGUGCAGGAUUUGCAGGUCUUGCUGCAGCAGCCACUUUGAUCAAGGCUGGAUUUCAGGAUGUCAAGAUCCUUGAAGCUAAAGAUCGUGUAGGAGGAAGAGUUUGCACUACUAAACCAUUUACAGAGAACAUUAUUGAACUUGGUGCUAACUGGAUCCAUGGACAGAAGGGAAAUGACCUUUACAAACUAGCAAAAAAACAUAAUCUACUAGCUGAAAAAGCUUUGCGUGACAGUUCUGAAAGUUCUCAAGACUACUUUUUUAAAGAGGAUGGAAAACACUUGCCAGAUAAACUUGCUGAUGGGGUCACCUCUCUAUUUGAGAAACUCACCUCCAAGGCAUUUGACUCAGAGUUGCCAAAAAGGUACCGAGACCUUACUUUGGGAGAUUACCUUGAUGUGUCCUAUGCUCAAUCACCUUUAGCUAAUGAAGAAGAUGGAUCAAGAAUUUUUGAAUGGUGUAAACGAAAUGAAUGCACAGAUGAGGCUGUAUCUUCUUUGUUUGAAGUGUCUGCAUCUCAGGCUAGUGAAUAUAUUACAUUGGAUGGGGAGUUUUUAAAUUCCCUUGGUCCUGGGGGCUAUCAAGCAAUUUUAGAUCUUCUUCUGAAUGGUCUACCUACAGGAACGAUUCUCAACAAUACAGCAGUGAAAAGCAUCCAGUGGGACUUGAAUGCAAGCUCUGAGAGCGACGAAGAUGAGGACGAAGAACAGGACUAUGAUGUAAAAGUGAUCUGUGAAAACAAUAAAAUCUUUGAUGCCGAUCAUGUGAUUGUGACUGUAUCUCUGGGGGUUUUAAAACAAAAAGCAAGAACCAUGUUUGAACCUGCCUUACCAAAAUCAAAGCUGGAUGCUAUUGAGAGGCUCGGCUUUGGUACCGUGGACAAGAUCUUCCUGUGUUUCAGUGAAAGAUUUUGGCCAGAAGACUGUGCAGGAAUCCAACUUGUGUGGGACGAGGGACCUGAAGAUAAGGCAGUCUAUAGCAGUCAAAGUGAAGAGGAUACCUGGAAAAAGACAUGGUUUAAAAAGAUUUCUGGCUUUGAUGCUGUGGCCCGUCAUCCUACAGUGCUCUGUGGCUGGAUCACAGGCAAAGAGGCUCUUCAUAUGGAGACAUUGCCAGACAGUGAGGUUCGAGACACUUGUGUAAGAUUGCUCAGGUCUUUCACAAGCUGGCCUGUUCCUGAUGUGUCCAAAGUUCUGAUCACUAAGUGGGGCCAUGACGCUAAUGUCUACGGCUCCUAUACAUUCAUUCCCAAGGGAGUGAAUGGCGUGACAAAUCAGAAAGCACUAGCAGCACCUCUUCCUCCACAGACAAAAGCUUCAGACACAGAGCCUCUGCAGGUGCUGUUUGCAGGUGAAGCCACUCAUGAGAACUUCUACACCACCACCCACGGAGCUUAUCUAUCUGGGGUCAGAGAAGCAGAGAGACUCAUUAAACUGUACAAUAAUUAAGCCAUUAAGGAAUCUGUCCAUAGAGAACAUUAGCUUUUUUCUAAAUUUUAAUUAAUUAAGUUCUUCUUGAUGCAAGGAAAAUACAAAUUUUUUCAUUGGUUGCAUUUAUUUUAUAAGGUUCAGUGAAAAGAUAUAAGAAAAAUCUUAGACAACAGCAGGAAGUUUUUAUAAAGGAAGUCUUCCUGUGUAUAAGAUUCUAGUUAUAAAAAAAUAAUUCUACUGUUUAUCACCAGGUGGCGCUAUUGUACAGCUCCUUCUACUUGUAAUAUUAUAGUUAACAGCAAGAUUCACAGUAUGUAAGACCCUAAAUUCACCAUUUUGUCAUUAAAACACAAAAUAAACAAGGUCUCAGCCAGUAAGGUGUGAAAUUAAAUAAAGCAAUAAUCAAAUAAAGCAAUAAAAUAGUUGAACACUUAAUUACAGAGAAGGAGGUUUGUAACUAAAUGUCAGGGUGGAAGAUUUUCAAGAAGGUUUGAGCUUGUUGCAGAAUUACUAGAUUUGGUGAGUUACAGCAAAGCUGCUCACUAUGUUCUCUUUUCUAACACUUAAUCUCAUGAAACACUUUACUUAUUGGUGAAUAUUUUCAAGUGCUGUUCAGAAAGUAAAUACAAGUGUUAGGGUUAGGGUUAGGGUUAGGGUACAUUGCUACUUCUCAAUUAUUACAUGGAGUAUGGAGUGCUUGUUAUUUAACCAAACCUUUCCUUAAUGUUCUUAUUUUUAAAUGAAAAGACUCUGUUGACAUAUUUUUAUAUAGUUGAGACUCAAAGACUUGAUAUUUCGCUUUUCUUUUGCAUACUAUAACGAAUAUAAGUUACACUUGUUUAUGAUUAUGUCAUUAGCCUGGAUUUUGUCUUACUGUCGAUGAACUCUAUGUACAUUUGACUACAUGUGUUAUCCUACAUGUAUAAUAAAACUAGGUAUAAAAGAG